UGGAUCGAGUGUCGUUGUUGUCACAAAUGUAUAAUUAAAACAAGUUUAUCGUGUAUCGAGCACUAGCAACCGAACAAUAGAACAGAACACAAUUCAUUUUGGUAGUACACAAUUCGUUUUACAUUUUAUGAAUUAUAAUUUAGUUGUUUAUUAUUAAGUGCAUAAACGUGUUGCAGGUGCGCAGUACAGCAGCGAGCAGAAGCUAUUCAAUUGGUUCCAAAUCACGGCCGGAAAAGGGCUCAAUUGCGCAGCCGGCGACGGAGAACGUAGCGCAACAGGGACAAGUGUCGCAGCCGUUGGAAGAGACGGAGGCGGAGGAGCCGGACAGUCACAGUUGGGAGAUGGAGCGUCGUUAUUUGAAGAAUCCGUUUGCGGAUUUCUCGGGCGGCGAGAAUACGCCCUUUGCCACCGAUGAGGAGCACAUCAAGACCCUCAUAUGCACCUAUGUGGACGCCAUAUUGGAGCACUGUCAUCCCAAUAGCGACGAGGAGGACAAUCGCGGUGAUCUGUAUGUGGGCAAUGCGGGCAUUGCCUACAUGUUCUGGAAGCUGCACAGUUGCGAACAGACGCGCGAUCUAUAUCCAGCGCUGGAGCACGCUGCCGCCUUCAUACGCAACGCCAAGGCGAAUGCCAAGCGAUACAAGAAACGCUCCGCGGAGCGUUAUUCAUUUUUGUGCGGCAAUGCUGGCAUCUAUGCCGUCUCGGCGGCCAUCUCGCAGGAGGCCAAAAACACGGAGGAGCUGUCCAAUGAUUUGGCCAACUUCAAGUCGGGCAUACCCUCCAGCAAGGAGUUCAUGCACACCAAAUACGGUUGCGAUGAGGUGCUUGUGGGCCGUGCCGGCUAUCUAUCCGGCUGCUAUUGGCUGAACGAUGUGCUGCCGGAGAAGAAGAUAACCGAUGACGAUCUGGUCUCCAUUUGCCAGCUGAUCGUGACCAGCGGCCGCGAAUACAGCAAGCUUAACAAUUCGCCCCUGCCGCUGAUGUAUCAGUACCAUGGCACCGAGUAUUUGGGCGCCGCCCAUGGACUGUGCGCCAUACUGCACAUGCUGUUGGAUAGUCCCUGGUUCCGUACGGUGCCCAUUUCGGCGCCGGCCGCUGAGCUGCGCGACAUCAAGCGCUCGAUUGACUACUUUCUGGAGCUGCAGGACAAUGAGGGCAACUUUCCGGUGGCUCUGGAGGAUUUGCGCUCCGGACGUGACAAGCGUCUGGUGCACUGGUGCCAUGGCGCACCCGGCGCUGUCUAUGUGCUGGCCAAAGCCUAUUUGAUAUUCAAGGAGGACAAGUACAUUAUCUCGCUGCGACGCGCCGCCGAUCUUGUCUGGAAGAAGGGCUUUCUGCGCAAGGGGCCCGGCAUCUGUCAUGGCGUCGCCGGCAACGGUUAUGUCUUUUUGCUGCUCUUUCGCCUGACCAACGAAAUGAAGUACCUGUAUCGGGCGCACAAGUUCAUGGAGCUGCUGACCAAUUCGGAGUUCAAGCAGCGCGCCCGUGUCCCCGAUCGGCCGCACAGCCUGUACGAGGGCGUUGCUGGCACCGUCUGUUUCCUGGUCGAUCUGCUCGAGCCGGAACAGGCGCAUUUUCCCUUCAUGGAUGUCUUUCACUAGACACCACACAACACACACAGCAGACCAGAGACACCACAGCAGCCCAGUAUCCGAAACCGAUUCACGAAACCUUUACACCCGUUCAGCAAAUGCAUUCUCACCGACUUUUGCGAAUUUCGACACACACACACACACACACACAAACACACAACAAAUCAGGGAGUUGAUUUUUUUUCUAGUCAAAUUUGUGUUACGUCCCCGCCGUUAAUUUGUUUUGUUAUUCUCGUUGCCGUUCGGAUACGAACGAAUCACUGAUGGUUAGGAUCAUAAGAUCUCAGUGCUUGGUAAAACCUUACACCCCCCCUCAAACACACACCCCCUUUCCCCGCUGCAUUUGGCCCCAUUUGAAAGAGGGGCAGCUAAUCAAUUGAGUGCGUGGCGCCAAUCACCGAACGCAGAAUGUUAUUAAUCAUUCUCAUAUCAAAAUUCUCUGUGCUUUAAGCUAAGCAAUUAAAUAAAAAUAAUAAUAAUACGCAUACAUAAAUAUUCAGAUAUAUAUACA